UGACCGCACUCUGAGCCGACUCCGGUCUCAGUAUUUCGAAGCCGCUCUCCGUACCGGCAGGCACCCUGUCGUGCUCUACUUGCAUGGCAAUGGUGGCACACGCAGUACCAGUACUCGCAUCCCGCUGUACAGGCUUCUGUCCGAAUCCCCCGAAUUGGAUCGACAUGUGAUUGCUGUAGAUUAUCGCGGAUACGGAGAUUCUACGCCUCCAAAUGGGCCUUCUGAACGGGGGGUAGUACGCGAUGCAUUGGCCACCUAUGCAUGGCUUGCGGCUCGGAUGCCGCCAAACGCCGAGUUGAUUAUCUGGGGACACUCGUUGGGCACGGGUAUCUCGCUACAGAUGCUUAGGAAGAUUCAGAGACAUCCGUUAGUCGACCUGGUCAAAGGCGUAGUGUUAGAAGCGCCAUUCAACAACAUGCCAGACGCCGUGCGCGAAUACCCUCUGACGAUGCCCUUCCGCCGUCUGCCCUGGUUCGAGGCGACCAUCAUGCGUCCGCUGGCCAAUCGCUUCCCUUUCAACUCGGACGUGCACAUCAAAUACGUGCGGCAGCCUAUACUUAUUCUGCACGCGCCCGAUGACCGACACGUGCCAAUUUGUUUGGGCGAACGUUUACGGGAUGCUGCCACUUCAUCGACCUUGACUAAGCAAAGAGUGGUCAAGUUCCUAAACGUGGGUAAUGGGUACGGACACGUGGACAUCGUUCGGUAUCCAGGUCUAGUAAGGGCGCUCAGGGACUUUGAGGACGAAUAUCGAGACUACAGUCGUCACGCCCAGAUUAAUCUGUGA